GCCGGCUUUGCUGUCACGUGACAGGCCCGACUCCUGACGUCAUCAAUGCACGACGACCCGUGUGUGUUUAUGUUGUGGUCUUGUGAAGGUUGUAUGUUUGUGUCUUCAGGAUGCCGAAGGUUGUGUCUCGCAGUGUAGUGUGUUCUGAUACUCGGGAUCGGGAGGAGUACGAUGACGGAGAGAAGCCGCUGCAGGUGUAUUACUGCCUCUGCGGGCAAAUGGUUCUGGUGCUCGACUGUCUGGUGGAGAAACUGCCCAUGAGGCCACGGGACCGAGCGAGGGUGAUAGAUGCAGCCAAACACGCUCAUAAAUUCUGUAACAUUGAAGAAGAUGAGAGCGUUUACCUCCGUCGCCCUGAGGGUAUCGAAAGACAGUUUCGAAAGAAGUGUGGGAAAUGUGGGCUGUUGCUGUUUUACCAACACCAAAUGAAAAACACCCCAGUAACAUUCAUUGUGGACGGAGCAGUAGUUAAAUUUGGCCAAGGAUUUGGGACUACAAGUGUAUACAGUCAGAAACAGGAGGCUCCCAAGAAAGUCAGAGUAAUGAUGACCAAGCGGACAAAGGAUAUGGGGAAGUUCAGCUCUGUCACUGUGUCGACCAUUGAUGAAGAGGAGGAGGAGAUUGAAGCAAGGGAAGUUGCAGAUUCAUAUGCACAGAAUGCCAAAGUCAUUGAGAAGCAGCUGGAACGGAAGGGCAUGAGCAAGAGGAGACUGCAGGAGCUGGCUGAAUUGGAAGCAAAGAAGGCGAAGAUGAAGGGCACAUUGAUUGACAAUCAGUUCAAAUAAAUCGAUGCAUUCAAGAUGACUGCAAAAUGAAACCUCACCUCUAGCUGUGUUUGCCUGACAUUACGUAGAUGAGCAAUGCAUUCAACUGUUAAAGACUUCCUCCAAAUUCAUUCAUCUUCAGACCAAAACAACCUUUUAUUGUUUUAUUUAUACUGCAUUGUUGCACUGUGUUGAACUGUUUCCUCAGUAGUCUCUAAAACCUCAGCUACCACAAGUCCGAGAGGACUAUCUGGGCACAGUUCUGCAUUGUAGCACUUGACAGCAAAUACAAGAAUAUAAACAGACACACUUUGGUAUUAGAAAUAAUAUGAAUAAUGCAAGUGCAAUGCUGCUCCUGUAAAUACAGUCCAGACCUACCUAAUGAUCUGUCAAAAUAGAUUAGAGAGUUUAACAGUGGAAGUCACAAAACGCAAGCUGUAGCUGUAAUUGUUUUGGAGGAACAGAACGGGUCCAGUGGCAGGAACUGCAUCAUAAUAAAUAGUUUGAACUAAUACGUUUUAUUAGUGCUGAGGAAGAAUCCGAUAGUGUGUGCAGUAGUUCAUCAGAAAGUACUUUUCUAUUUUGUUAAAUCUGUCUCGGAUCAAAUUUUUGUAAAAGUUGUAAAUGUUUUAGAAUACUUUCAAAAUAAAACUAAAAUGUUAUUAAAUGGUU